AGCUCUCAGCAUGGCGGCAGGUUAAGUCCAGAUGAACACAUGAACACAUGAUGAGUCUGUGUUUGUGAUGAUGUUUUAAUGUUCACAGAAACACGCGGUGGUUUUAAAUGACCGUGUGAAGUGACGGAGCCGGAAGAGACGUCACGAAGCAGCAGCUAGCAUCAGUGCUAGCAGCUAGCAGAGGAAGCAGCCAUGGCCGAGGCCGGAGCCCACCUGACCUCCUCCGCUGCCAACGAGCAGCCGUCCAUCUUUGAGGUCCUGGCUCAGGAGUCUCUGAUGGAGGCGGUCCGACCGGCGUUGAGACACGCUGUCAAGGUUCUGGCAGAGUCCAGCCCGUCCCGCUUCGGCUUCCUGUGGCGACACUUUGAUGAGCUCUACCUGGUGCUGGACCUUCUCCUCCAAAACCACUUCCUGUCUCACUGCAGCGCCUCCUUCUCUGAGAACUUUUACGGCCUGAAGAGAGUUUCAGGAAGGCGAGUACUUCCCGAUCGCCUGGGGUUGGACAGGAAGUCACAGUGGCGCUCUCUUCUUCUUCUGUGCCUGGCGCCGUACCUGCGGGCCAAGCUGGAGGCGACGCUGGCGCGGCAGAGGGACGAAGAGGACUUCUCCAUCCGGCUGGCGCAGAGCCGGGGCCAGAGGCUGUACCGGGCAGCCGUGGCUGCAUACCCGUACGUCAGUUCCGCCUGGCAGGUCUGGGUCUUCUGCCAGCAGCUUCUCUUUAUCUUUGGAGUCGCCAGGACCCAUAAUCCUCUGCUGUGGCUGGCCAGGGUCAAACUGGCACGACUUAACAUUCAAGAUAUCAGAGACAUGGAGCUGAAGACCAGGACACUCGGACGCCCGGUGGAGGGGAGCCUGGUGCAGAGAGCGUGGUGGCUGAUGUCACAAGCAGCGCGUGGCGUGGCCGUGUCCCUCUCCACCUCCCUGUCACUGGGUGUCUUCUUCCUCCAGUUCCUGGAGUGGUGGUACUCCUCAGACAACCAGAGCACCGUGAAGGCCCUCACCUCCCUGCCGGCUCCUCCGCCCCCCCUCCACCUGCGGCAGGAGCAGGACUCUUCAUCCAGCUCGGCCAAUCACAACAAAGAAACUCAGCUCGACUCCGACAGCAGGAACUGUCCGCUGUGCCAGAAGCUUCACACAAACGCCACGGUACUGUCCACCUCCGGCUUUGUCUUCUGUUACCGCUGCAUCUACAUGUACGUCAAAGCCAACCGCCGCUGCCCCGUCACUGGGUACCCCUCCGAGCCGCAACACCUCAUCAAGAUCUACUCACCUGAGAGCUAGAGCACGCCACCGAGCCACAUGUUCAGACUUCCUGUUCGGCUACAGACUCUAUUAGGAAGAAAGAAGGACCUGCGGUGAUUCCUGCUGAUUUCAGAUGUGAUGCUGGAAUUCUCUCUGAGCUCACAUCACAUUUAAUAUUGAAAAGUUAAUUCUGAAAUUGUUUCCUUGGAGGUACCGAACUGCACAAACUGUACAGUCGUCUGUUUGCAGCGAGGUAGAGGCAACAAACUGAGCAGCUGAGGCGGCCGGCAGCAGGCUGCUGAUUGGAUAGUUGGAGUUUGGUCCCUCUGAAUGUGAUGAACUGAUGCACAUGAUUUUUUAUAGUCUGAUUCCAGUGUCUGACUGAGGACAUUUAACUUUGACUACUUUGAUUAAAAAAUAAAUAAAUUGUGGUUUCAGUA